AUGUCGACGACCAUAAAACUAGAUCACUCUGGUUUGCCCCUUAUUCCUCAGCCAACAGACUCUCCGUCAGACCCACUGAAUUAUCCAAAUUGGCUGAAGUAUCUCAUACUGGGGGAAAUAUCCGUUCUCGCCUUUCUCGUGACUCUGAACAUUGCGAUGAUCAACCCCGCGAUAGUUCCUCUCUCGGAGGAAUUUAGCAUCACUCCUGUUGCUGCCACAUACCAGACCACCGUCGCCAUUGGGGCGGCCGCAUUUGGACCUUUGUUGUUCACUCCCUUUGCCAAUGUGUAUGGCCGACGUCCUGCGUACCUCCUGGCGAUCUUGGUCGGGUUUGCGUCAUCAGUUGCAUCAGCGACUACGACAACCUAUGGUGGAUUGAUCGCCGCAAGGGCCGUCAUUGGUUUGGGUCCUAGUGCAGCCAUGGGACUCGGAGUGGGGACAGUCGUCGACGUGUUCUACAUGCAUGAGAGGGGAAGGGCUAUGGGAUUGUUUACUUUGUCGAUGACGAAUGGAGGACAUCUUGCACCGAUCGUUGGUGGAUAUGUUGCCCGCAAUCUUGGGUGGAGGUGGUGCUUCUGGGUCGGUGCUAUAUUGAACGCGGCUAUGUUUGUGAUAUGUCUUUUUGCCCUGCCCGAGACCCAGUUUGAUCGUUCACUCGCCAUUGAAGAACUGGACAAAAACCUUCCUUGUUCGAAAGCUGAGAUCGUCCAUGCGGAAUCAAGUGCGAGCGUACGGCGAGAACCAUACACGGCUCCUCCAAUGCUAUGGAGGACAUACACCAAACGGCUUUGUUUGUGGAACCUUGAACGACCUACAGGGAGACGAAUGAAGGCAUCAGACUUUGUUGUCCAACCGUUAAGCAUGCUGCGGCACCCUUCUGUCGCAUUUCCGGCUCUGUUCUAUGCUGUCACAUACGGGUUUGCCUCCAUUGAACCGGCACUGACACUGACUGCCAUAUUCACGAAGCUAUAUAGAUUUGAUACUGUCAGGAACGGAUUAGCCAGCGGGGUCAGUCUCCUAGUUGGCGGUUCGUUGGGAGAGCUCUGCUCUGGGCCUGUUACGGACUACAUGAUGCGAAGGGCUCGACAGCGUCUUGAAGGCGAUGAUGAGCCACCUGCAGAGAUUCGUCUGCAAGGGAUAUGGACAGGCGCCAUAAUUGUACCCGUCGGUCUACUCAUGUGA